ACGAAAUAAUUUAAGAAAAGGUACUCAGAUUUAUAAUUUUAUUUGUUUAAAAUUGGCAUUAAGGAGGAGCGCGCUUCCAGUGUGCGCAUUCUAAGCUGUGCUGAUUCCCAAACGCCAACACAAUCAGCCAAUCGGAGAGCUUUCUGCGCUGCCGACUCGUCUGAAAGCUCCUUAUAGAACGCUUUGUGUGGCUUAGACCUUCCAUACUUAGAUGCUGUAGUUUUCAAUCAGAUGAUUUUUAAUUUGGGAGGCGCGCCCUUCUAUUUGUGCUUUGAGCUCUAAUGUUCUUUCUCCAUAAUACAGCUGAGAAGUUGACCAUCUAGUUAACUAAAAUAUUAUUAUUAUGCAUGCAUUUAAAUAAAUUUUAAAAUCUAGUUUAUUUUGUUUCUUUGAUUAUGAAUUUCAUAAAAACUUUGGUUAGAUAUCACCCGAGUACUGCCUACAUCUUGAAAAUUCUCGUAUUCUGUUUUACACAAUUGGAAAUUGGAUGUUAUGGAUUACCUAAUCAUGAGUUCUACGUGAGUCUUAACUUGGGCAAUAGAGAUAAAAACUUAAUUGGCUUAGAAGAUGAUUCUAAAAACGAGGAUGGAUCCCCUUGCAGUAGAGGCACCAAAUGCCACCAUUUGAUCAAAGAUUUGGGUGACGUAUCAGCUAAAAAUGUAUAUGAUUUGAAGAAUGAAGCAUGGCCUUCGUCAGAAGAAACUACAAUCAGUGAUGGUCAAGAAGAAGACAGUGACCUGACCUAUGUAAAGCCCACCUGCUAUGUGCGCCAAGGGCGGAUAGUGUGUACCCUGGGCCGAUUCAACUAUGUGCUGAAUGUUGGAGACCUGGAGUUACCCGACGAAGUACUUCAAAACUUUGUUGCACUGAUCUACAGACGAGUGCAGGAAGGAGACAAGUGUUUUGAUAUUUCAGUUGUCAAUCCUGAACCUACAGAGUGCAUAAUGGAAACGACAACUGUAAAAAUUGUAGAAGAAACUGAAAAUCCGGAUUUGAUGCCUCCUGUGACCAUAGUGUGCAGCCCUGUCAAACACAAGGAAUUGCCGCAUCGAUGUGGAGGGAAAGCCGAGGAACCGUUGGAGACUGUAUUCAAAUGUCAAUGGAAAGCUACCAAAUUAUAGUAAAUAAUGACAAGAAAAUAAAACUAUUAAAGAU